AUGGCGGACGAGGUGAUUCUUCUUGAUUACUGGCCGAGUAUGUUCGGAAUGAGAACAAGGAUUGCUCUAGAGGAGAAAAACAUCAAAUUCGAUUACAGAGACCAAGACCUCUUCAAUAAAGACUCGUUUCUCCUCGAGAUGAACUCGGUUCACAAGAAAUUCCCGGUUCUCAUCCACAAUGGUAAACCGGUCUGUGAAUCUCUCAUCCAGAUCGAGUACAUCGACGAGACUUGGCCUGGAAAAAACCAACUCCUUCCUUCUGAUCCUUACCAAAGAGCUCAGGCCAGGUUUUGGGGAAACUUCAUCGACAACAAGGUGCAUGGUCCAACGAGGUUGAUCUGGGGAGCGAAAGGCGAAGAGCAAGAGGCCGGGAAGAAGGAGUUUAUUGAGGUGCUCAAGAAGCUAGAGUCCGAGCUUGGAGAGAAGACUUACUUCGGAGGCGAGACGUUCGGGUACGUGGAUAUUGCUCUCAUCGGAUUCUACAGCUGGUUUCAAGCGUUUGAGAAGUUUGGGAGUUUCAGCAUCGAACCAGAGUGUCCAAAACUGAUCGCGUGGGCUAAAAGGUGCGUCAAGAGAGAGAGUGUGGCUAAGUCUCUUCCUGCUUCCGAGAAGAUCACUGAGUUCGUCCCUGAGCUAAAGAAAAGAAUUGGAAUCGAGUAA